AUGUCUUCGCCCUUUUCAAUAAACGGCGGUGCCUGUGUCGCCAUGGUCGGCAAGGACUGCGUUGCGAUUGCGUGCGAUCUGCGGCUCGGCAUGCAGGCGCUCACCGUGUCCAACAACUUCCCCAAGGUGUUCCAGUACGGCGACAACGUGUUCCUGGGCCUGACCGGACUCGCGACCGACGUCAACACGGUGUCGGACCUGUUUCGCUACAAGGUCAACCUCUACCGCCUGCGUGAGGAGCGCCACAUUGCGCCGCGCACGUUUGCCAACCUCGUCUCGUCGUCGCUCUACGAACGCCGCUUCGGUCCCUUCUUUGUCAGUCCCGUCGUCGCCGGCCUGGAGCCCAAGACAGGCCAGCCGUUCAUCUGCGGCUUCGACAGCAUCGGCUGCAUCGACUUUGCCCGCGACUUCAUCGUGUCCGGCACUGCGUCCGAGCAGCUGUUCGGCAUGUGCGAGAGCCUUUGGGAGCCCGACUUGGGUCCCGACGCCCUGUUUGAGACCAUCUCCCAGGCCCUGCUCAACGCCGUCGACCGCGAUGCCCUCUCGGGCUGGGGUGCGCACGUCUAUAUUAUCGAGAAGGAUAAGGUGACCAAGCGGCUGCUCAAGGGACGGCAAGACUGA